AUGCAGCAGCCACCACAGUGGCCCCAGCAGCAGCAGCAGCAGCAGCAGCCGCAGCAGCACCAACAGCAGCACCAACAGCAGCCGGCGCAGCAGCAGUGGCAGCAGCAACAACAACAGCAGCAGCAGUCCUGGCCCCAGCAGCAGGCAUGGGGGCAACAGCUACAGCCACAGCAGCAGCAACCACAGUGGCAGCCGCAGCAGGUAUGGCCACAGCAGCAGCUUCCCUUCGCCAGCGUGCAGGCGCCUUUUGGGGGCGUGUACCCCCUGCAGUUUGGCUUCGCCCCUCCUGGCGCCAUGGCCAUGCCGUUGCAGCAGCCGUCACAGCAGCAGCACCACCACCAACCGCAGGGCCCGCUUGUGUUUGGGCAGGCACCCACCGGCUUUGGAGCGCCGCCGAGGCCGGGCGGCAUGGCGCCACCGAGGCCCCCCUAUUAG